CAAAGAAAAUAAUAUUCACCAGAGACUUUUUACAUUACAAUAACAGGAGAUUACAUACUCUAUAACAGAGCUGAGAGAUAGUUGACACUUGUCAACUGUACAAAAAAAGUGUGUGAGUAUCUGUUUCUGUCUGCCUGUGUGUGAAUAUAAACCAGGUUUCCAGUUCAGCCAAACCUACGGCCCUCAUUUCUCAGGGGUCUUCAUUUUCUUUUCUUUCUGCCCCUGCAUUGUUCCUGCUUCCUCCCGUUUCUCCCCAUCCCGUCGGGCCAUCCUCAGGUGAAGCCUUCUCCUCACGUUUCUUUGAGUGCAUUGUGUGCUCACUCAAUGGGAUCACUGUGGCGAUAACACGGCCCUGGCUUCCAGGCCGCUAGCAACACUGGUUUGUCCUUUAAAUUUCACUGCACAGGUCUGACAAAGACCUGAGGGGUUUGAUGUGACAGUAUGGAAAUAUGAGGCCAAAUAUAGCUUUGAAAGUCAGUCUGUGUGAUGCUGGUGACGCGAGCCCUGGUGUCAGGUUGCAUCCUUCUAUUUGUUGCUGUGGGAUUGGAUGCUCCACCAGUGGCUCCACCCACUACAAAGAGUCAUGCCUCUGCAGCCAAGCUCACCUGUGAAAUCUGGUGCAGCAACAACAAUCACUCACACCAUCAGAAACCUGAUCAAGCAGCACAAGAGAAGACCUACUGAAGAACUGAGUUCCAUUGGACACUAUGGCCUCCACCGUGUCUGUGCGCAGCUACUCUGUACGCCAGCCAUCCUUCUCCAGCAUGUCCGUGAGGGACAGCGGACGCAGCAUUCGCUCCAAGCCUCCGGUGUCCGUCAGCACACUGCCUUUGUCCCGCUCAGUCUCAAUGGGCAAUGGCCUCAACAUACUGGGCUCCAGUCUCUCCUUCAAUGGCCUCGGUGUCACCGCCAGUGAGAAGGAGACUAUGCAGGGCCUGAACGACCGGCUGGCUAACUACCUGGACAAGGUGCGCUCUCUGGAGAGGUCCAACACUGAACUGGAGGUGAAGAUCAAGCAGCUCAUGCUGGAGAGGGCGCCAAAAGGGCAUGACAUCGAGGGUAUGAUGGCCCAGGCACAUGCCAUCGGACAGGAGGUGAGAAAGAAGACACUGGAGAACGCCCGGAUCAUGCUGGAGAUUGAUAACGCCAAGCUGGCAGCCGAUGACUUCAGGGUCAAAUGGGAGGCAGAGGCCACCUUGUGCCAGUCAGUAGAGCGGGACUGUCAGGCUCUGAGGAGGGCAAAGUCUGAUCACGACCAGAUCAUCGCCACUUUGCGAGGAGACCUGGACAGCCUUAAGGAGGAGCUCUACUUCCUCAAGAAAAAUCACGAUGAGGAGAUGAGUUCUCUGAAGGCACGUCUGGCCAACGAGCAGGUGAACGUGGAGGUGGACGCGGCUCAAGGUCCCGAUCUGGGUGCCAUCAUGGCUGAGCUGAGGGUCCAGUAUGAGGGUAUCGCUCGCAAGAACAAAGAGGAGGCCGAGGCCUGGUACCUCAAGAAGUUAGAAGCCGUGCAGUCUGAGGUCAAAGAAAGCAAUGAGGCUUUGCGCUGUGCCCAGAGUGAGCUCAGUGAGAGGCGACGUUUCCUGCAGGCUCUGGAGGUCGAACUUGACAGUCUUCGAAAGCAGGUAGGUGUGUUAGAGGGAAACCUGGGAGAGACUGGGCACAAGUACUCUGUGGAGAUGGACCGUCUUCAGGCCACACUGACCCAUCUGGAGGACGAGUUGUCUCAGCUGCGUUUGGACAUGCAACGCAACAAAACCGACUAUGAACAGCUGCUGCGCAUCAAACAGAACCUGGAGAUGGAGAUUGCCACGUACCGGAGGCUGCUGGAAGGAGAAGAAAUGGUGAAAGAAACACCUCCUCCUCCUAAAAAAGACCCUGACGUAAGGACCAGGAAGAUUGUUAAAGUCGUUACCCAGACUAUGAUCAAUGGAAAGGUGGUAGAUGAGUCCAGCGAGGUGGAGCAGAUUGAAGAGCGCAAAAAAUGAGCCAAAGUUUGUGCAGAGGAGGAGCAAUAACAUGUCUUGAACCCAAAGUGCCUGCUGGCUGUGGAUCAAUGCUCACCCUCUUGUUUGAUGUUUCUCUUAUUUUCGUGUUUUGUUAUGCUUGCCAAAAUAAAAAAAAUUAACCUGAUCUAUAUUUGUCUUUUACAACAAUAUAUAAUAAUAAAGUAAGGAGGACUGAAAAACAACCUCAUAUGAUCUGAGAAAAAAAAAAAUUAAAUAAAGGUCCACUCACUAGCUUUGCUUGGGCUUUUAAUCACACUUCACAAUCUUGCCCAAUCUUUGUUUGUUCUUUUGCUCAAAAUGCAAAACACCAGGAAAUCAUUAGUUUCCAUAACAACUGUUUUAAGAUCAACAAUGAGCUCUCACACUUCAGCCUCGGUUUAAUUUAAAGAAGCCAUUGGUCAUUUUUGGGAAAUACACUAAAAUCUGCCAACCAGCACUUUUAAAGCUCUCUAAUCAGCAAGUUAAUGACGUGAUUUGUUUAAUCUAUACACAAACGAAAUCGUUAAAAUCCUUAUGCGAAGCUAAGCUUGCCAGCCAAUUGAGUAUUUCCCAAAAUGGCAAAUUGUUUUUCUUUAAUACCUACAGAAGAGAUUUUUGGAAAACUGCAGUAAAUGUAAUUCAUUGAAAUUUAUGUUCACUGCAUGCAAAAUGUCUUGAAUCUGCAACAGCACGUAAUGUGUGUAUUAGUUUCAUUAUUUUCAUUGCAAUGUGUUGUAGUUUUAUUGUAGAAAAAAAGGAAAUCAACCAAAGCGGAUGUACAGUGUCAAUAAAGCACAGUGUUUAAAA